AGGACCUGUGAGCCGGCGCGGGAAAGUCGGCGGCCCCGCCCCUCCGGCGGCGGAGUGCGCGCCCCUCCUCUGCCCCGGAGCUCCUUCAGCUCUGCCUGCUAGUGCUUUUGGGCUCCCGAAGAGCUGACCCCGCUCGGAGUGCUUGGGUACCCGCCGCCAGCAUGGAGGCUCGCCGCACGCGGCAAAAGGCUCUCAAAGUGAAGGACUUAAAGAACGUUGGGUAUAUGAAGCUGAUUUCCAUGGAAACGUCGUCCUCCUCUGAUGACAGUUGUGACAGCUUUGCAUCUGAUAAUUUUGCAAACACAAAACCAAGGCCAGAUGUCGCUAACGAAUUGGCCAGCAUUUUCCAUGCCGACUCUGAUGAUGAAUCAUUUUGCGGUUUUUCAGAGAGUGAGAUACAGGAUGGAAUGAGACUGCAAUUGGACAGGGAAGGCUGCAGGACCCGAAGUCAGUGCCGUCACUCGGGACCUCUCAGGGUAGCCAUGAAGUUCCCAGCACGAAACCCGCGGGGGCCAGCCAACAAAAAAGCCGUCCCCUCAAAACCCCCUGAGAACUCUGCAAACGAUUCCCAUUCUGACUCUGAGGAAGAAGACGGCAUGAACUUUCUGGAGAAGAGGGCUUUAAAUAUAAAGCAAAACAAAGCAAUGCUUGCAAAGCUGAUGUCAGAAUUAGAAAGCUUCCCUGGCAUAUUCUCCGGGAGACAUUCCCUCUCUGGUCACGGAUCCAAAGGUUCAAAGUCCCCUAGAAGACGCACAUUCCCAGGCGUGGCUUCCAGAAAGAACCCUGAACGGAGAGCCCGGCCUCUUACCAGGUCAAGGUCCCGGAUCCUGGGGUCUUCGGGCGCUCUGCCCACAGAAGAGGAGGAGGAAGAAGAGGAAGAGGAUAAAUACAUGCUAGUGAGGAGGAGGAAGUCCGUGGAUGGCUACAUGAAUGACGAUGACAUGCCCAGAAGCCGUCGCCCUGGAUCCAUGGCCCUCCCGCAUAUAAUCCGCCCUGUGGAAGAAGUUACCGAGGAAGAGAUCAGGAACAUCUGCAGCAACUCUCGGGAGAAGAUCUACAACCGGUCGCUGGGUUCUACAUGUCAUCAGUGUCGCCAGAAAACCAUUGACACCAAAACAAACUGCAGGAACCCAGACUGCUGGGGCAUCCGGGGCCAGUUCUGUGGGCCCUGCCUUCGAAACCGCUAUGGGGAAGAAGUCAAGGACGCUCUGCUGGACCCGAACUGGCACUGCCCGCCCUGCCGAGGAAUUUGCAACUGCAGCUUCUGCCGCCAGCGUGAUGGACGGUGCGCCACGGGGGUCCUCGUGUAUUUAGCCAAGUAUCAUGGCUUUGGGAACGUGCAUGCUUACUUGAAAAGUCUGAAGCAGGAAUUUGAAAUGCAAGGCUGAAGAUCUGCUGCCUGCUUUCGGCUUCUCACGGCUCUCUUCCUGACGCUGUCGUGGAUGGGCGCCUGUCGGUCUUAGAACUCAGUCAGAUUAAUCUUGUGGGAUUCACACUUGUUUCGGGGACCUCAUAUCGCUAGUUCCCCAAAGUUUGCCCUGGCCCCUACCUUGUAGCCUCCCCACUCCCAUGGUCCUUUGUCACCACUUAGAGUUCUUAAGUGGCAGUUUUUGAGAGCGUACUUGUUUUAUUGGUGUUGAAAUCGUCUCAGGACAUACCAAUAAACCCGAGCACUUAGGGGUCCGGUAGUGUUGGGAACAACGGUUCUGCUAGAUUGCAGAGAACAGUCCUUCCCCUUGUUUACACAGAAUCGAUGCGUGCGGGUUAGCGUCUUGCAUGCUGUCGGCUGACGUUUGAAAUGGAUCGGGCCGAGGCACAAACAAAGGUCUGAAAACCAUGUGGGAAAUUAGGUAAUUGCUGGGAAGUGGAGUAGAGCGUUGAAUGACUUUCUGGAAAAAAAGAACUCCUUUGUGUUGUGCUCAGCGUCCACCCUGUCGCAGUGGAGACUCGGUUGCUGCUAAGAUCGUCCCUAAGUUAGAGUGGUCCAUCCAUGCACAGUCUCCAAAGGUUUGUUUGUGGUAACGUGGUGCCAUAAUUACUUACACUGCUGUAGAAGAAGCCUUCUAGGAAGAGAAGACGACCAGUCUCUGUGAUGGGCCGAUUUGAAAUCUUGCUGUGAUUUCAGAAACUUAAAUAGCUUCCUUUGGUUCCAGAAGUUUCCUGUAGAGGAUUCCCUGGGGGUUGUGUCCAGGGUUUCCUUUAGAUUCUAAACAGUUUUGUGACAGUGAGCGGUGACCUCUUAGAGAUGGGUAGCUUUGAACCACUCUAGUGAGCUACCCCUGUCAGUUAUGGGCAGAUGCCGUGAGUCGCCCCCGCCCCUUUCCUGUCGCUGUGUCCUGCUCUGUUUGUGAUGCCCAUUGGGCCUUGAAUCAUUCGGUGUAAAUACAGCUUUUGCUCUCUAAUGCUUUUAUACAAAGGUUUUUAUUUUAAUAAUAAAACAUUUUUGUUUAAGCUUGUGUUUAUUUUUGCUUUUUAAAAAUCAGUAUUACUGUACUUAAUCCCCUUCUCCCCUUGUGUUUUGAAAGGUCAUUUCUGCCUCUUCUACUAAAACUUUUCUCUCUUGGC